AUGAGUGAGAUAGAGUCUUUGUACACCAUAAAUUAUAUAUUCACUUCAAAGUUUGCCAAAUUUGUAGCAGAUCCUACCAUAGCAUUGGAAGGAAAAGGAAUCAUAUAUAUUUCAGAUGUCCCAGCUUCUGUGAGUUUGGAGGCAAGCCGCAAAGAAUUUGUUUUUCCAAAGUUAACUACCAGCCCUCUUCGUAGGUUACAGUUAAUUGAUUCCGAUUCUGAUGAGGUAUGUCAAGAAUACUUCCAAUCUGUGAAGGAUAAGAUUACUCAAAAUCUGGAGAGGGAUGCAUAUCUGCGUACCAACGAGAAUUUUCAUGAAACGACACCCAGUGGUCAAGAUGUUGAACAACUCUGGAAUGUGGCUGAUCCCCUUCCACCUGCCCAUCAUUACUUUUUCCACGAUGAUCCAAAGAUUCGAAACUUAGUCUGCAGUCGCUUGCCGAAUUUUUCCCCCUUGGGUGGAAAUCAACAGACUGGUGUAUCAGUUAUUGAUUACAUGGUUCAAUUUAGCAAUGGAGAAGCUUCAAAACGGACAGUGAAUCGGAGACAAAAUAUUUCAAACAUAUCAAAUGUUGAAGAAGUCUUGCAUGGUUCUGGAAACUGGGUGAACCCAAAAGGUAAAGCUAAACAGAAAGGUAGUGUCAAGCGGAGUGUAAACAAGGGAAGAAAUAAGUCGGUCAAAUCAAACACUGGGAACAUGGAGCAUGCUUCUGGAAACUGGGUGGAACCCAGAAUCUCUGCCAGCAAAAAGCGGAUUCAAGCAAAUGCACAAUCUUCUGGUGAAUGGUACACACCUAGUCAAAGUGGUCAACCUAGCGGGCAAGCUGGUGGUCAUUGGUAAUUUGGUAUA